CACCAUUAGAAGCGUUGCGCACCACCAUAAUAAUAUAACUGACGCAGGAUGCAUUACACUCCUUAAAACGUAUUCUUUUGUGUUUAUGUCAUAUAUAAAGCUUAAUGUGUUAGUUUUGAGAAACAAACAUACAGCGAAUUAUUCCUAAUAUAUGUCUUGCACUCUAAAUGUUGUUUCUGAUAAGUCAUGUGCUAAUAUUUGAAGAGAAAUUAGUGUUCCAUUCUGAUUAAUAGCGACAUCAACUCGAGUCAGUCAAAGCUUUGACUCUGUGACGCCCAAAACAAAAAUAUAAACACACGUUUAACGCGUCUUUACUGCGUACAAGCAGGUUUGAUCAUCCAGUUACAUUCACAGAUCUCGUGUGGUAUAUAGAGAGGAGUAUUGUGGCGAUGGAGAUUGUGUGUGAUGGAGAGGAGUCAGAGGUGAUGCCACAGGCGUGUGUGCUGUCUGAGUUCAGUGAGAUCGCAGAGGUGAAAACUCUUAUCAACAUUCUGCCUGACAUCCAUCACGACACUGCCAGCAGGGAGGCCACCAUCGAGAAGUUUGUGGUUCUCAUGGACCGUUACCAGGAGCAGCCACAUCUUCUGGACCCUCAUCUAGAGUGGAUGCUGAGCAUGCACCUGGAGAUGAUCCGAAGUGAGAAGUCACCACCUCUGCUGGUCCAUCUCUGUUUCAAAUUCCUCUACAUCAUCUCAAAGGUCAGAGGCUACAAAAUCUUCAUGCAGCUCUUUCCCCAUGAGGUGUCAGAUGUUCAGCCGGUUCUGGACCUUUUAUGCAGACAGGACCCGAAAGACACUGAGACCUGGGAAACACGCUACAUACUCCUCCUCUGGUUGUCUAUGACAUGUCUCAUUCCCUUUGACCUCUCCCGUCUGGAUGGAAACCUGUCCACUGACUCUGGACUCAACAGAGAGACCAUCAUGGACCGUAUCCUGGCUGUUGCCAAGUCUUUUCUCAGAGUGAGUGACAAAUCUCGAGAUGCUGCAUCAGUGCUGGUAUCAAAGUUUGUGACUCGUCCAGAUGUGAAGCAGAAGCGGCUGGGUGAUUUUCUGGACUGGUGUCUGACCACCAUCUCUCAGACAAGUGAGCUGACCAGGGGAACUGUGGCACUCGAUGGAGCUUUACAGUCACUGGCUCAGCUAUUCAAGCAUGGGAAACGUGAUGACUUCCUGCAAUAUGCCCCCACGGUGCUUCAGUGUCUAAACCAAAAGAGAAUAGCCGAGAGUAACCAGGCCACAUUGCGGAAGUUGGGAGCAAAAGUAGUCCAGAGACUGGGCCUGACAUUUCUAAAACCACAAUUGGCCAAAUGGAGAUACCAGAGAGGAAGUCGGUCUCUCGCAGUGAACCUGUCCCAGUCUGCCGUCACAGAAAGUGUAGAUGCCAUAAAACCGGAUCUAGAGUCUGUCAGUCAUGAGGAAGACUAUGACAUGCCUCCAGAGGUGGAGAAUAUAAUUGAACAACUGUUGGUGGGGCUAAAAGACAAAGAGACAAUAGUGCGAUGGUCUUCUGCCAAGGGGAUUGGAAGGGUGACGGGUAGACUGCCUAAAGAGCUCGCAGAUGAUGUGGUGGAGUCUGUUUUAGAGUGUUUCAGUUUCCAAGAAACAGAUAAUGCCUGGCAUGGGGGCUGCCUGGCUCUUGCAGAGCUGGGCCGGAGAGGACUGCUGCUUCCUUCACGUCUUUCAGAUGUGGUGCCACUGAUUGUAAAAGCUCUGACAUAUGAAGAGAAAAGAGGAGCAUGCAGCCUGGGCUCAAAUGUCCGUGAUGCAGCCUGCUAUGUGUGCUGGGCUUUUGCCCGCGCCUACGAGCCCAAUGAACUAAAGCCCUACGUCAACCAGAUUGCCAGUGCGCUGGUCAUCACAACUGUAUUUGACAGGAAUGUGACAUGCAGGAAGGCUGCCUCUGCUGCAUUCCAAGAGAACGUGGGCAGACAGGGCACCUUCCCCCACGGCAUAGAUAUUCUCACAGCCGCAGACUACUUUACAGUCGGUAACCUGAAUAACUGCUACUUGACAAUCAGUGUGUACAUCACUGGUUUUGAGGAAUACACCAAACCUCUAAUUGACCAUUUGGUGGCUAUGAAAGUCAACCACUGGGAUGGAGUGAUCAGAGAGCUGGCCACAAAAGCACUGCACAAUCUAACUGUCCAGGCUCCUGAAUACAUGGCCAACACUGUGCUACCCCAACUGUUGCCCAUGGCGACAGGGAUGGACCUACAUGGACGUCAUGGCGCUAUCCUGGCCUGCGCUGAGAUUACUCACGCACUUUAUAAGCUUGCUGCCAAGAACAAUAGUUCUGUGACUGAUUUCCUGUUAUCUGACACCAUUGAAGGCCUCAAGGGCAUUCAUCAGAAGCUCUCUGACAGAAAGCAGUACAGGGGAUUUGGUGGAGAGCUCAUGAGACCAGCUGUCUGUGGCCUUAUUGAAAAGCUGUCUCUCUCCAAGAUGCCAUUUAAAGAUGACCCAGUUAUUGCUGGAUGGCAAUGGCUAAUUGACGACAGCUUGAAGAAACUUCAUCUGUUUUCUAGUGGGGCCAGACUGGGUAUACAGGAUGCUGCAGUUUCAGCAUUGGCAGCGCUGUGUCAACAGUUUUAUCAGGUUGAGCCGGGGGUGGCUGAUGUGAAAAUGCAAGAACAGUUGGUUAGUCAAUACCUGUCUGCCUUGGAGAGUCCUGAGGUAAUGACCCGCUGUGGCUGUGCUCUUGCCCUGGGCUCACUGCCUUCAUUUAUGAUACAUGGCAAACUACAGCAGAUCUUGUCUGGGCUCCAAGCAGGCUGUAAAGUGGCAAAGAAAGAGGAGAGUCUAACAGAAGGCAGGAGGGAUGCGGCCAUAGCCAUGUCACAGGUGUGUCUAGCUGUUGGAGUGUGUGCGCUAGGCAGCCCAGACCACGUCUUGUGUGAAAGCAACAUAAGAGCUGUGUAUGAAGCCUUGUUGGACUGUAUGAACGACUACAGCAUGGACAGUCGAGGGGAUGUCGGAGUCUGGGUGAGGGCGGCAGCGAUGAGCAGUCUCAUGGACGUGACCAUGCAGGUGGUGGCGUCUGCUCCAGAUAUCCUCUUCUCUGACCUUGUUCAGCGAAUGAUGUGCUGCCUGGCCCAGCAAGCUGCAGAGAAGAUAGACCGCUACCGAGCCCAUGCUGGCACCAUUUUCCUUCGUCUGCUCCACAGCUCGGAGCCAGCAGUACCUCACAUUCCCCACCGAGAUGAGCUACUGACCAUCUUCCCUCCAAAUACAGGAAACUUGCUCAACUGGAAUGCUGCAUCACAGGCCUUCCCUCACAUCACUCAGCUCCUGCAGCUGCCUCAGUACCAGUACCACACGCUCCUGGGCCUCACCGUGUCUGUGGGUGGCCUCACCGAAUCUACAGUGCGUUUCUCCUCGCAGUCUUUAUUUGAGUACUUGAAGGGCGUUCAACAGAAUGCCACAGCACUGCAGCAGUUUGGAGACACACUGUUAUGCAUCUUCAGAGAUAACAUCCGCAAUGACAGGGUCUCUGUCCCUUUACUGAAGAUGGUGGACCUACUCCUUGCCAAUGGCUGCUUUGAACUCUUCACCAGUGAGGAGAGUCAUCCAUUUGGUGUUGAGCUACUCUCACUGUGUAAGGAGGAAAUCAAGAAGUCGAAAGAUGUCCAGAAGUUGUUGUCAUGUAUAGCUGUGUUCUGUGGAAUGGUGCAGUUUCAGGGUGAUGUGAGGAAGAAUGUCUUAGUGCAGCUGCUAAUGUUGCUCGGUCAUCCCUUCCCCGUGAUCAGAAAGACGACUGCCAGCCAGGUGUACGAAAUGCUCUUGACCUAUGAUGAUGUCAUAGUCGAUGAUCAAGUACUAGCUGAUGUCAUGGCCUCGCUUAGUGACACUAAUUGGGAAAGUGACAUUGCCACAGUGCGGACACACAGGAAUCAGCUCUGUGAUUGGAUGGGAGUGCCAAGGCCGACACUGAUUGUCAAGAAUUUACCACAGAGUUCCAACACAAGAACUUAGGUGCCUCUCCAGGUCACCAGAUGGCCUCUCUGCACCACGUCCUCAUUCUGGACACCAGCCGUGUCCAAAUGUCCUCAUUACUGUCAGAUAAUGUUGUCCAUCUAAUACUACAUGACCUGUCAUCAUUAAAUUCUUAAAUAAAACUUGCUUGUGCUCAGUGCUUAAUUUGUAAAUUGAGAGGUUGGAGAACAAGGACUAGUGAUGAGGACACAUAAAUGAAAUAUAGUGCGUUUUGACACUGCAGGUAGAGUGGUGAGGCAAAAAUGCAUCGCUCCCAUUAAAAUCAGCAAGGUAUGGACAGUGCAAGAAGCUUGUUGAUAAUGGUUGAGUAAUCUAGUUAUUUGUUUACAAUGCUUACUUGUAGUGUAGAUUGUAAAGCAUCACUAAUGGUUUCCUAAUAAUUUGCAUUUAAUUAAAUCGAAUGUAGAUUCAUUAAUCUUGUAUGUACCAUAUUGUCCGGAAAUAAAGCAUCACCUUAAUGUACGUUGCACUUGAUCACAAUUGCGUCGUUAAAAGAUAAAAACACGGAUAAGUCACAUCUCAGUGUAAGCUGCACUUUCUUUCAGCCGCUCAACAUGU